AUGACCCAGAAUUGUUGCUGGCGAGUUGGCGAGAUGCACACAGCCAGCACUGAGGGACAGUACCGCGGUACCAAUGGAUCUACUCAUGGUAGAGAUAAAGUCGCGAUAUUGGAUGCAGGCUCACAAUAUGGGAAGGUGAUAGACCGUAGGGUACGCGAGCUAUGUGUGGAAUCGGAUAUACUGCCUUUGGAUACUCCUGCGUACCAUCUCAAGGAAGCGGGGUACCGGGCUAUCAUUAUAUCAGGUGGACCGAACUCGGUAUAUGCUGAAGACGCACCGAGAUAUGAUGCUGACAUAUUCAAGAUAGGGCUGCCAGUUCUAGGUAUAUGCUACGGUAUGCAAAUGUUGAAUAAAGAGUUCGGCGGUUCAGUUUUGCGGAAGGAGGCCCGUGAAGAUGGACAGUAUGAAGUCGAAGUCGAGACCACAUGCCCGUUGUUCAACCGGCUGGAGAAGUUGCAGCCAGUGCUGCUGACCCACGGUGACAGUGUUCAGAAGGUGGGCGACCGCUUCCGCGUCGCUGCACACUCUUCCAACCAUCUCAUCGCCGCCAUCUACAACGAGCAGAUGCGCCUCUACGGAGUGCAGUUCCAUCCCGAGGUGGAUCUAACGCCCAAAGGCAAGCAGAUGCUGUCGAACUUCCUGUUUGAUAUAGCGGGACUAACGCGCACGUUUACGUUACGUUCUCGUCGCGAGGCUUGCGUGCAGUACAUACGCGAUACCGUCGGAGAUAAUAAAGUACUGGUACUGGUGAGUGGGGGUGUAGACUCUACAGUGUGUGCGGCUUUGCUAAGGACAGCACUUCGCGAGGACCAAAAUUAUUUAUUGAUGUUUGCAGGCUUCAUGCGCAAGAAUGAAAGUGCAAAGGUGGAACGAUCUCUACGUGAAUUAGGCGUGCGUCUACACGUCGUCAAUGCAGCUCAUCAGUUCCGCCAGGGCAGCACAACGGUCCGAGAGGCGGGCGGACGCGUACGCCACACGCCGCUGCUGUGCCACACCACCGCGCCCGAGGACAAGCGCAAGAUCAUCGGCGACGUGUUCAUACGCAUCGCCGAGCAAGCCGUGCGCGACCUCGAGCUGCAAGAAGAUCAAGUGCUUCUCGGCCAGGGAACACUUAGGCCGGACUUGAUCGAGUCGGCGUCAUCGCUGUGUUCCGGCAACGCGUCCACAAUCAAGACGCAUCACAACGACACGGAGUUGGUUCGUGUGUUGCGUCAACGUGGUCGCGUUGUUGAGCCACUGCGCGACUUCCAUAAGGAUGAGGUGCGCGUGCUGGGCACGGAGCUGGGCUUGCCGGCGGCGCUGGUGGAGCGGCACCCGUUCCCCGGGCCCGGGCUGGCCGUGCGCGUGCUCUGCCAGGACGAGCCCUUCGCCGAGCGCGACUUCUCCGAGACACAGGUUAUAGUAAAAAUUAUGGUGGAGUACGCCUCGAUGUGCCUAAAGUCCCAUGCAUUGUUGGGCCGCGUCGCGAACGCAACCACACCUACGGAGCAAGCGGAGCUCAAGCGCAUCUCUUCUAAAUCGCCCGUUGCCGCAACAUUGCUGCCAGUGCGCUCAGUUGGAGUACAAGGUGAUUCUCGAACUUACAGCUAUGCGGUGGCGUUAUCCACAGAACGCUACCCUCCAGACUGGAAGGACAUGCAAUAUCUCGCCAAAAUCAUACCGCGUGUGUGCCACAAUGUUAACAGGGUUUGCUACGCUUUCGGAGGUAUAAUAAAAGAGCAAGUCACAGACAUUACGCCUACGUUCCUUACACAACACGUCAUUUCCACACUCCGCCAGGCAGACGAUCUCGCAACUCAGGUACUGAUCUCCAGCGGGUACGCGGGCCGCAUCGCGCAGAUGCCGGUGGUGCUGAUCCCGAUCCACUUCGACCGCGACGCGGCCGUGCGCGCGCCGUCGUGCCAGCGCUCGCUGGUGCUGCGCCCGUUCCUCACCGGCGACUUCAUGACGGGCGUUGCCGCACUGCCCUCGUCCGACUCCAUGCCGCAGGACGUUGUCGACAGGAUGCGUAAGGAGCUGAUGAGCGUCCCUGGAAUAUCGCGUGUGCUCUAUGAUCUGACGCCUAAGCCACCAGCUACUACCGAGUGGGAAUGA